AUGAUGAUUCAUGUAACGGUUGAAGAAGAUUUGCAUGAUCCGUCGAAAUAUAGUUUGAAGAUCCACCCGAUUCAUCCGCGGAUGAUGGAUGGGUCAGAUGUGGAUGGGGAUAAAUUGGGUGAUGGAUGGCAUCCCGGCUAUGAUUCUUAUUCGCAGGGUAAUUCUUCGUCUCAAAAUUUUCAACAAUCUUUUUAUGCUAACACUAUUGUUGACCGUGAAGCUAUAGAGGAACGUGUUAUGGAGAGACAUGAACCGAUCAUGACACAUCCAUUGCCCGUCAAACCAAAUCAACCAACUAAGGUUGCAUCUCAGUCUCGAAGUUGGUCGAUUCAGGAGGAUGAAGCUCUGGUUGAUUCCUACAUUAAAGUUUGCUCCGAUCAGAUUAUAGGCACCAACAUAAGAAAAGUUGAUAUUUGGAGGCAAGCUGCUGUGCGCUAUAGCCAAAUUCAAGUAGGUAGACCGUACGAACUUGCUGUAAGAAAUGCAAAAUGUUUUGAGAGUCGUUGGGGAAGGAUGUCUCCAGACAUCAUGUUGUGGGCUGCUAGUUUUGAAAAGGCUGGUAGGUUAAUUACAAGUGGGAAUAAUGAUGCGGACCAAGUUGAUACCGCUCAUCAGUUAUUCCGCACAGAAAACAAAAAGAACUUCACAUUGAUGCAUGCUUGGAAGAUGCUUACUAAUGAAAACCCAAAGUGGAGGGUGAUGAUGAGGUGGGGUAUGUCAAAGACAGAGAGAGAAACAUACGAUGCCAGUCUACCAAUUUCUACUGAAGAGAGUGAUGGUAGUGGCAAGAGAACUAGAGUUGAUGAUGAUGGUGACACCGUCUUGCCAAGUGGUGGGAGCUUUGUAUCUGGAGGUAUAUCUCGACCAGAUGGUGUAAAGAAAGCUAAGGCCGGAAGAAAAGGAAAAGCGGCAGAAUCAUUAGAGGCAGUUUCGUCUUUUGGAAGUCGUUUGCAAGCUAACACUGAAGUGAGGAAUAACACUACAAGAAAGCACUUGAUUACCGACCAAAUUUACCGACCGCCAGAAAAGUAG